UGAAAGUAUAGGAGAACGACAGGAAGAAAGAAAGGAAGGUCGGCAGGCAGGCACCACCGGUGGCUUGAACGGAAAGGGUGUGUGGUUGAGGAGGUGGUUCUAGGAACCCUAUGAGAAACAGCAUGAGUUCUUACCCUCACCUUACUCUUUCGUGGCACGAGCUUGAAGUGCAUGUUUCUUCAAAACAUGCUCGUCCAUCUCAGCCUUGACUCGUUUGUAGAGCUCCAUGGUCGCCUGGGCAUCUUGGACAGACGAAUGUUGACCCGUCUGAAUUUCCUUGCCCAGAAGCUGUUGAGUCAGUUUUUUCAAAGACGGUGUUCGGCCCUUAGCGAGCUUUCUAUAACCGGGGAACUUGCUCGUGUCACGAAUCAUGCGACGAGGAUGGGAAAGCAACAAGGCCUUAAGGUCAUGGUGCACUGCGUGUCCCACAAGCACACGCCCAUCCAAAAUGUCUGCCACCGUUUUUUGAGCUUCUUCAAAUGAAGGAGCGUCGCGUAGAUGAUGCGACUUGACACCACUAACCCAUGUUCGCCAGUCGAGGACGCGUUCUUUUGGACGAACAAACGUAUCGUAGACGACUCGGCCGUGAUAGUUGACUAUACUGACACGGGCGAGCACAGAGACGUCGUUUGCAACACCGACCAUUUCACAAUCCAUAGCAAUAUACUUGCCAAGCUUGUCCAUAUUCACGGUCUUCACCAGACCGGAGGCAUCGUCUCCAUAUGCAGCGAUAAUUUGGCUAGCAGACAGGUCAUUGUCUUCCACGAACGACCUUAAAUCGUUGGAGUCUUUUUUCUUUUCUGCAUCAGCCAGCACGGCUGCUGCAAUAUCAUGUUCUGAACUUUUGGAAGUGUCGGUACGACUCGCUUUCUUCGUCACGAAAUUGGUUAUUUUUGACUUGUUUUUCUUUUUUUCCACUCGUCCCUUCUUUGUGGACUUCAGCAGCGUCUACAACGCGUUAGUAACACAGGCGCCAGAAGCCGAAUUGGCAGCAAGCAGGUGCACAGCAAACACAAAACAGUUCUCUGAGUUUUGUGCGGCUACAAGGGAAGUGCUCCACGUACCUUUUGCAGCUUUUCCCAGUUAGACGACAUAGCGAGGCUGGCAGGUUACAGCGCGUUGCAGGAAAAGGAAGAGACGCGGGUGGGGGGAAGGCACGGCAUGUGGGCUUUGGUGGGAUAUAUGUGGGUGCCGUCUGGGGAACCGUCCACAUCCAAGGUUUAUUUACCGUGCGUGUGCUACGAACCGUCAUGGCCUGUAAAUGCACACAGUUGCAAGACACGAUCGAUGAGGUGACGACUCAAUUUUACUCGUCCAUCCAUUACCUCAGCUCACAUCACAACUUCGAGCCAUUAUGGCCAGGACAGACAGUUUUCUCAGACCCAAACGUUCAACCACUGCCAGCAGAGGAACUUGCGUUCUCGCAACGAGACCUUGCUCAUGACAUUGUGCUCAAAUUCCAGCAGAUUGAGAAACUCAUUACAGAGUUACCAGGCGUGUCCGUGUCGCCGGAGCAACAAUAUCAACAAGUGAAGGAGCUCCAAGAGAAAAUCGACGAAAAACAAACCGAAGAGGAGCAAUUGCGCAAAGAAAACGCCGUUCUGCAGCAACAAUUGACGCGACGAAUCGAAGCGCUGGACAGGCUGGUUUAUGAGGUUCGCAAGCGCGAGACCCUACCAGCCCCGUAA